UUCUUUGACCAUGUGAAGACUGGAAUUGAAGAUGUGUGUGGACACUGGGGUCACAACUUUUGGAGAGAUAAGUUUAAAAAGUUUGACAAUAAAUACCUGCGAAGGCUUCUGAUCCGUGAGAACCAACCCAAAUCCAGCAUUGUUUCUUUAUACAAGAAGCUAGAAAUCAAACAUGCCAUUGAGAUGGCAGAGAGUGGAAUGAUAAGCAAGGUGCCAUCAUCAGUGUCUCUCAGUGAAUAUCAUGAAGGAAAGAUAAAGCCACUUUCUCCCACUGAAAUGGAAAAUAUGAGGGAAAUAUUAACAAAGAAUCUCUACCAAAUACGACACCGAACAAUGUCCUACAACCGACACAGCCUGGCUGCAGAUGCAAAUGAAAAGCAGGCCAAAGAAAUCCUGAUCCGUCGCCGGCACAGCCUUAGGGAGAGCCUGAGGAAAACAAACAGCCUGUCAAGAGAAAGACAGGCUGUUGCCAAUACAAAACGAUUCCUUUCACUUCCUAAGAACACUAAACUCCCAGAGAAACUACGAGUGAGAAAUAAAACAUCUUCCAGAGUGGGUGACAGCAGUGACUCUGAGCUGGAUGCUGCUACCACAGUGCUCAAUCUAAGACCCAGAGCAGGGAAAAUCUUGAGAGAGCAGAGACUGAGACAGCAGAGGCCACUGCCUGAGUUUAGGGUGGAAUGGAAGAACGAAGUCGACGGGAACCAGGAUGGAAGAGAAGAGCAGCAAGAGCCAAGCACAUUGCCUCAGCCAUCUGUUGGGUUCAGGCAGCCACUGCUGACAAGACCAAGAUUUGGCACUUUGAGCAGGGAAGAUUUGACUGCAGACCAUGGGUCAGCAAGACCUAUGCCACCACCACGGUUAGCUAGGCAAGCAUCACAAGGGGAAAGGCAGAGGAAUAAGCCUGAGAACCAGCUGUACUGAACGUGGCCAAAAGAGAACUGUUGCUACCAAACCAUGGACGUAUCCAAUUAGGAUUCUAAACUAUCUGAUCAGACUAUGGGAUCCAUUAAAAUAACCAAACAAGCCUCAGUGUGGGUCUAACCACUUCCAUUGGUGUAAAGUCAAUGCCAUUAACUAAGUGAAAGAAAUGCUGGAGCAAUUGCAAAGCUGAAGACAUGAAAAAAA